UGUUGGUAGUGGUAGAUGAUUGGUGACAAUUUUAAGUGAAAAUACAGGGAACCCAACCCAAAAACUUCGGAAUUUCUAGCAUUUUUAUUAUCCAGCACAGGGUUAUUGAGGCUUAAAAAGAUGCAGACCAUCAAAUGUGUAGUGGUUGGUGAUGGGGCAGUGGGUAAAACUUGUUUGCUCAUUAGUUAUACAACAAAUAAAUUUCCAUCGGAAUAUGUACCAACAGUCUUUGACAAUUACGCAGUAACUGUUAUGAUCGGAGGCGAACCCUACACUUUGGGUUUGUUUGACACAGCAGGUCAGGAAGAUUAUGACAGGCUACGUCCGUUAAGUUAUCCACAAACAGACGUUUUCCUAGUAUGUUUCUCGGUAGUCAGUCCGUCUUCAUUUGAAAAUGUAAAAGAAAAGUGGGUACCAGAAAUAACCCACCAUUGUCAAAAAACGCCCUUCCUACUUGUGGGUACCCAAGUAGAUCUACGCGACGACGGUGCCACCAUAGAAAAAUUAGCAAAAAACAAACAGAAACCGAUAUCGAUCGAACAAGGCGAAAAACUAGCCAAGGAAUUGAAAGCGGUCAAAUAUGUGGAGUGUUCGGCUCUCACCCAAAAAGGACUCAAAAACGUAUUUGAUGAAGCCAUCCUGGCAGCGCUGGAACCACCAGAACCAGUUAAACGUAAAAAGUGCAUUAUUCUUUAAGGGAAAUGAUGCACCAUAAUUUGACUUGCACCUUCCGAAAAAAAAAUAUAUAUUUAAGACGAUGACUACAUAUUCAUAAUACCCUUGGUAGAAAGCCCAAACUUUUUUUUUUUAUACCAAGGGUCCAUAUUGACUAAAGCUAUAAAAUACUAUCGAGCUUAUAGAGACAUUUACUAAACACUCAAAAAAACCUGGUAGAAAGGUAAAUAAUAAGCACUAAAAAAUAUAACUAGGUACCAAUUUGUAAGGCAUUUUUAGUCUCGUCUUAACUUGUGGGUAUGUCUUUUAUUUCCGUUUAAGUGUUUUAUGUUCUAUUUAAAUUGCACAAGACAUUCAUCCAGUAAAUUAUUGAACCUAAUUUUCAUCAAUAAAUGAAAACUAAGCUAACAUUUAUACAUAAUUAUUCGCUCAUUGUUGUAUUUUUGCAACUAUGUAUGUCUACAAACUAAAUUAAUAUUGUUUUAAAAUGUAUUAAAACUUUCUUGUACUUUCAUGGCACUAUGCCUGCGUUGUAAUAUUUAAUUUUCUAUUUUUUAAAUAAAAUGGUGCUACGGUGUAUUGUAUUAAAAGGAAAACUAAACUAAUACAUUUUAAACAAUUUGUAUUUGAAUAACGAAAAUAAUAUUUUGUAGAGCUACGGGGAUUAAUUAAUUACAGUAAUAAAUUAAUUGAUAAUUUGUAUAUAUCAGUAUAUUGUAUGAGAGUUGAAAAUAAUUAUUAUUAUUGUAAAAUUGCAUUUAAACUUAUCCAAAAAAAAAUAAAAUAGUUAAUUAAUUUUGGAAAUUAUAUUUUUUUAAUGCCAUUUUCGGUUAAUUUUUAAGCGUGUAUAGAGAAUUGAGUGUGUCUUUUUUUCUUGUGAUUGAGUUCCAUUUAUAUAAUUUAAAUAUUUAAUAAUAAAAAUAAAUACAAAAAAGUUGUAAGCUUUAAAAUAUAUUUGAGUUUUAUUGAAGAAUAGUUUUAAUGUGGUAUUUAAUUAUGGGAAUUUGAAAAUUUGUUUUUGGAGCUGAGAACUUUUGUAAAUACGCCUCUGGACCUAGCGAAACAUCUUGCAUCGCUUCUUCAACCGCACGUAGGUGAAACUAGCUCUUACAUCAAUGAUUCCUCUCACUUUGUCCAGAAAAUUAGGGAUAUUAUUCUUCAUCCUAAGGAUAUCCUGGUCAGCUUUAAUGUCGUGUCCCUAUUCACAAAAGUGCCAUUGAUAGAAUUUCUUGACUUGAUAUCAAGUAUACCUUCCCCAAUGACAUAGUUGAGCUUUUCGGGACAUUUCUCACUGGUAGUCACUUCCUGUGAAACGGCGGUUUCUACGAGCAAACGGACGGUGUAGCUAUGGGAAGUCUGCUCAGCCUGGUCAUAGCCAACUUCUUUAUGGAACAUUUCGAGAGGAAAGCUAUGGAGGAUUUCGAGAGGAAAGCUAUCGAAUAUUUUGACCACAGGUAUGGCUUCGAUACGUAAACGAUACUUUUGUGGUUUGGAGUCAUGGGGAAGAGAAG